AUGGUUUGGAGACAGCUGUGUCCGCUGCAGAGCUGUGGGAGGAGGCUGCUCUGUGGACUCAGCCUCACUCGUUAUGGAUCACUGUGGUGGAAGACAGGAGAGGACCGGCAUGACACCAGGAGUAGGAGAGGAGAGGACCGGCACAACACCAGGAGAAAGACAGGAGAAGACCGGCACAACACCAGGAGAAAGACAGGAGAAGACCGGCACAACACCAGGAGAAAGACCGGAGAGGACCGGCACAACACCAGGAGAAAGACAGGAGAAGACCGGCACGACACCAGGAGGAAGAGAGGAGAGGACCGGCACAACACCAGGAGAAAGAGAGGAGAGGACCGGCACGACACCAGGAGGAAGAGAGGAGAGGACCGGCACGACACCAGGAGGAAGAGAGGAGAGGACCGGCACAACACCAGGAGAAAGAUAGGAGAGGACCGGCACAACACUAGGAGAAAGACAGGAGAGGACCGGAACAACACCAGGAGAAAGACAGGAGAGGACCGGCACAACACUUGGAGAAAGACAGGAGAGGACCGGCACAACACCAGGAGACUCGCUCUCACUCUUCCUCUCUCGGUGGUGUCCCGCUCUCACUCGUCCUCUCUCGGUGGUGUCCCUCUCUCACUCUUCCUCUCUCGGUGGUGUCCCAAUCUCACUCUUCCUCUCUCGGUGGUGUCCCAAUCUCACUCUUCCUCUCUCGGUGGUGUCCCAAUCUCACUCUUCCUCUCUCGGUGGUGUCCCGCUCUCACUCUUCCUCUCUCGGUGGUGUCCCAAUCUCACUCUUCCUCUCUCGGUGGUGUCCCAAUCUCACUCUUCCUCUCUCGGUGGUGUCCCGCUCUCACUCGUCCUCUCUCGGUGGUGUCCCGCUCUCACUCGUCCUCUCUCGGUGGUGUCCCGCUCUCACUCUUCCUCUCUCGGUGGUGUCCCGCUCUCACUCGUCCUCUCUCGGUGGUGUCCCGCUCUCACUCUUCCUCUCUCGGUGGUGUCCCGCUCUCACUCGUCCUCUCUCGGUGGUGUCCCGCUCUCACUCGUCCUCUCUCGGUGGUGUCCCGCUCUCACUCGUCCUCUCUCGGUGGUGUCGCGCUCUCACUCUUCCUCUCUCGGUGGUGUCCCGCUCUCACUCUUCCUCUCUCGGUGGUGUCCCGCUCUCACUCUUCCUCUCUCGGUGGUGUCCCAAUCUCACUCUUCCUCUCUCGGUGGUGUCCCGCUCUCACUCUUCCUGCCUCGGUGGUGUCCCGCUCUCACUCUUCCUGCCUCGGUGGUGUCCCGCUCUCACUCGUCCUCUCUCGGUGGUGUCCCGCUCUCACUCUUCCUGCCUCGGUGGUGUCCCGCUCUCACUCGUCCUCUCUCGGUGGUGUCGCGCUCUCACUCUUCCUGCUUCGGUGGUGUUGCGAUCAGCUUCCCGCGGUGGUACUUCUGCCCGAUGCCGUACGGGACGUGAGCGGAGAUGGUGCCCAGCUCUUUGGCGCCCUCUAUGUGGAACAUCUGGUCGUCGAAGUAGAUGUGAGGCUUGAUCUUCUGCAGCAGGGGUCCUUUGGGGGCCCCCGCCAGGAACAGGGCCUCGUCCACCUCCAGGCCCCACGAGCGCAGGGUCUUGAGGACGCGGGCCCCGGAGCUGGCCGCACUGCGGGCCGUCACCAGGAAGAUGCGGAUGGGGCACUCCAGACGCUCGUUCUUAGCGUAGAACUUUCUCUGCAGUUUCCCCAACGCCUCCAGGAAACACUUCAGAGGCCCCUGGGAGCAGAGAGGUCAGAGGUUAGAGGCCCCUGGGAGCAGAGAGGUCAGAGGUGA